GCCCAGCCCCACACACACAGACGCACAGACAGAGACAGGGAGCGGCUCUCAAUCCAUCAGCACAAUCCCUGGGAACAGGCUCCGGCUGCAAUGGAGCUGACACCGUUUGCUGCUCUGAACUCCUCCCUGUGUGAGGGCAACAGCCAGAGCAGGGAGUUUUACUCUGCUGAAUGGGAGGAUCAGAUCAUGAGAACUCGACCUGAGCACCGGUGCACUGUGAGUGAGCUGAAUGGUGCCCGGAAGGAGAGUUAUGACAGGAGAUCCCAGGUGACCUACUUGGUGCAGCGAAGCCCGGCCAACCUGAUGAGGAUGGGCUGCCUGGGGGAGGAGCUCACUGAGUAUCGCCUGCCUGCCCGCAGCGUGCUGCCAUUGGCAAUCUUCACACCGACUCAGAUCAGCACGAAAAUGGAACGGGCAGUGACUCCCCCAGAGCUGAGGGGGGUCAUGGAGUUCGAGUCGGCUCUGAAUGGGAGCUGUCAGGACAAGAGAGAGGUCUCGGACAUUACCAAAGAACUUCCUCCAGUCAUGCAGCCUGUCAAACUGGAUGGCAAGAAAGCGGGCAUGGUUCAAAGAUCCCUGUCGAGAUCAAUGUCCCAGGAGGCCCAGAGGGGCUGAGAGCGAUGGGGAAUGGGGUUGUAGAUGGAUUGAGGUGUAGGUAGUGGUUUGAUGCAGUUUGCAGAUUAGUCAGGGUGUGACUUUAGAAGAAUAACAGAUGAUCAAAUUGAAAAUAAUCUUUCAAGGGCUUGGCAGGAUCAGGAUUCCCUGGACGGUGGAGUCGAGACUAUGGGCAACCAUUUAUACUGGGAUGAGGAGAAACCUCUUCAGUGUCAUAUAAAUCUUAGGAAUUUUCUAUUCCGGGGGUUGUGAGUCCCGCAAAAUGAAUGAAGGGAGAUGGGGACAGUGCAGUAAAGUAAAGAUAAAUCAGUGAAGGUGGAUCAGGUUGGAGCUACUCUUGUUCCUGGUCAGUGCACCCUCUGACUUAGUGGGCAAUGGCUGGCAGUUAGGAAAGGUUCAGGAAGUUCUGAAUGUAAUUGGAAGAUUGGAAAAGAGAGGUUUAAGGUGUAGAAAACAUGGGUGUGUGAGUUAUGAACGUACUGAAAUUAUUGUUGACUUAUUGCUCUAAUAGACGUCUAUAGAAUCAAUAGGUCUUUUGUCCCAGAAGUUUUACUUUAAAAUAUCAUAGUUUUGUAUUGACUUUUAGCAUUGAAAUAAAAUCUGAUAGAACUUUGA